CUUGUGGUGUUAGGCUUGGGAUUCCCCAACCAAGCGGAAUAUUUAAUAAAGAAAUAGGCUUAAGUUAGUUUAUGGUUAUUAUAUAAAUUAUAAUUAGAAAUAUUCGACGUUUCUCAAAUUCUGUAGCUUUUUUAAAUUCAAUAUUUCGAACUGUACAAAAAUUAUAGUAUCGUGAAACUAUGGCAUAGUUUUAAUGAAGAACUUUGGGCUAACGUAUAAUUUCGAAGUUGGUGUCACUGUGUUAAUAAUGCUUUAUCCAUUACUCAGUUAGGCCUAAGCGUUAUUUUAGUGAAAGUUGGUCCCAGUUUUCAAUUGCAAAUUACAUAGAUAAUUUCUGAACUUUCACUGUGUUGAGUAUAUUCCGAUAUUACAUUAAAACAGUAUUACGGAGUUGUAAGUUAUUGCGUGGCUAGUUGAAAAGUUUUUUUCCUCUUUUUUUUGAAAAUUUCAUCGAUUCUGGAAUUCGAUAAUUACAAUUUACAUGAUAUAUUAUUAUUAGGCUUUAGUCUUUACGUUAGGCUUAACAAAAUAGCGUUAAUAAAGCUAUUUUGUACUAGUGUGGCCUGAGCAUUUUUUCCUCGAAUUGUUCAUGUUAUAACGACGACAGCUAAAAAUAAAGGCCAAGAAGGAAUGGCAAGCUCAUCUGUUAGUUCGUGCAUAGGGAAGAGUCUGUUUUCACCAGAUUUACACCAGCAGAAGCAACAGAAUGACUCCAUGACAAAAAUGCUUGGUGUUACAUCCCCUAUAAAUACUGCAAGUCCCAAACCAAUUGACAUUCAACGAACAAAAGAACUUGAAGAAUGCUUAAAACAAUAUGGACUUUAUGAGACAGAUGAAGAACUAACCCACAGAAUGGAAGUGCUAGGGAAAAUCAACAAGCUAGUAAAAGACUGGAUUAAAGAAGUGAGCAUAAGAAAGAAUAUGCCAUCAAAUGUAGCAGAAAAUGUUGGUGGAAAAAUAUUCACAUUUGGAUCAUAUCGUCUUGGUGUUCAUACAAAAGGUGCUGACAUAGAUACCUUGUGUGUUGCACCUCGACAUGUUGACAGGUCAGAUUUCUUCACGUCAUUUGUUGAAUUACUCAAAGAGCAACCUGAAGUGAAGGACCUUAGGGCAGUUGAAGAAGCUUACGUUCCUGUAAUUAAAAUGACAUUUGAUGGAAUUGAGUUGGACAUGCUGUUCGCAAGAUUGGCACUGAAGGAUAUUCCAGAAGAUCAAAAUCUACGAGAUGUAAAUCUUUUAAAGAAUUUGGAUCCUCGAUGUGUCAGAAGUCUUAAUGGUUGCCGAGUAACUGAUGAGAUUCUUAGCCUUGUUCCAAGUAUUGAAGGUUUUAGACUUGCCUUAAGAGCUAUAAAGCUAUGGGCCAAACGUCAUGGUGUAUACUCCAACGUUUUAGGGUACCUAGGUGGAGUAUCUUGGGCCAUGCUUGUUGCCAGGACAUGUCAGCUUUACCCAAAUGCAGCAGCUGCUACACUGGUUAACAAGUUCUUUUUGGUGUUUUCUCAGUGGCCUUGGCCAAAACCAGUGUUAUUAAAGCAACCUGAAGAAAAUAAAUUGAGUUUUGUAGUUUGGGACCCUAGGAUUAAUGUAGCUGAUCGUUUCCACUUAAUGCCCAUCAUCACCCCAGCAUAUCCACAGCAGAAUUCUACUUUUAAUGUUUCCAUGUCAACAAGGGCAGUGAUGCAGGAAGAGUUCAAGCAAGGUAUGGCAUUGACAGAUGACAUUAUUCUUGGCAAAGCAGACUGGUCUAAGCUAUUUGAACCAUCAAAUUUUUUUGCCAAGUACAAACAUUUUAUUGUUCUUCAAGCUGCAGCAUCAUCUAAAGAUCAUCAUCUAGAAUGGCAUGGUUUAGUGGAAUCUAAAAUUCGUAUUCUAAUUAGCAACCUGGAAAGACAUCCAUCUAUAGCACUAGCACACAUAAAUCCUGAAUCUCAUUCUGCUCCAGAACCUGAGCCAGACACAUUUCAAUCAAUGUGGUUUAUUGGACUUCAGUUUGCUAAAACAGAAAAUCUUAAUGUGGAUCUCACUUUUGACAUUCAGUCAUUUACUGACACAGUCAUGCGUCAAGCCAUGCAGAUAAACCUGUACAAGCCAGGUAUGAAGAUUGAAGCAAAACACGUAAGACGGAGGGAAUUGAACAAGUAUUUGCCUCCAAGUGUUACUGCAAAGCUGAAGAAAAAGGACAAAAUGUCCUCCACGACAGCACAGAACAGUCUCAACAGCACACCAAUACCAGAGUCUCGUGGAGAUGCUAAGAAAACACUGCACCAAAGUCGAUCAGAUUCAUCUCUUACUCAAGCAGUAGAUGGCAAGCCAACCAUUGGAAAACACAACAGAUUAAGCUUAGAUGUAGUUACACCUGAUUCUAUCAAUUCUUCUUUAUCUUUGGGACACAAGAGACGUCGAGAACCUUCAGAACUAGAUGCUGAGAUAAAAAGGUUUCAUUCUGCAAAUUCGGACUCUACUACCAGUCUAGAUGUUGGAAACAGUUCAAAAGAUGCUUGGGUUCCAUUUCUGGAAAAAUCUGCUGGGGAAUCUGAAGACAGCACUAAUGAUUCACAGUUUAAACAUCCAGUUCCUGGUCAACAGCAUGCCCUAAAUACAAGAUAAUUGACUCAGAAACUAUCUUGAUGCUCUAGAACAGUGGAAUGGAAAUAAAGUCAACAACUGGAAGUGACGUCAGUGCUAUGAGGGAGAAGUUU